AUGCCUGAAACAUAUAUCGUGGACCCAAACGGCGACAUUAUCAUUCGCCUCCUCUUCUCUCCCAGCGAGACUUUUGCCCCGUGGCGAGAAAAAGAAAACACUGAACCGGAUUCGGAUAAUGUUAAAUCACUUGGCCAUGACGAGUUCGAGGCCAAGGUGUCAUCAAGGCACUUGGCCCUAGCUUCAUAUUACUUCGAAGCGAUGCUAUCGGGACCCUGGCUUGAAGCUGUUAGUUGUGCAGAUGGAUUACGCCACGUGUGCCUGAAAGACGAAGAAGGAUUUGAUCCCGACGCCCUCAAAAUCCUAUUAAAUGUCAUCCAUGGCAAGAACAGGAUAGUUCCACGGUCGGUGGACUUCGAGAUGCUGGCAAAGAUUGCAGUUAUGGUGGACUAUUUUCAGUGUCACGAAGCUCUCGAGGUUUAUAUUAAUAUUUGGAUCGAACCAUUCACCAGAAAACCGCUCCCGACUUCAUUAUCAAGAGAUCUCGUUCUUUGGAUCCUGAUUAGUUCGGUUUUCAAUAAGCCAAUUAUCCUAAAGUCAGCAACAAAAAUAGCGAUUCUUCACGGAGCUGGCCCGAUGCCAACUAUGAAACUUCCCAUUAUGAGCUCAAUAAUUGAAAAUGUUCAUCUUCAACAACAGAGUUUGGUGGGUCAGGUGCUCGAUGCUAUACGCCGGUUUUCCAAAAAGCUAGCCAAGGAUGAGACGGGCUGCACGUUUGAAUGCAACUCCGUACUGCUAGCUAAAAGUUCGGUCUUGUCAAGCAUCACUAUUUGA